AUGACCCAAUUCAAAACUGUCGCCGUCAUCGGCACUGGGCCCGCCGGUGCCAUCGCAGUAGAUGCCUUGAUUCAGGAGAAGACCUUUGACUCGGUCCGUGUGUUCGAGAGACAGGAGAAAGCCGGCGGAUGCUGGGUAUCGCGGGGAAAUGAGAAACAUAUUCCCCUGGAUGUCGACAGCCUCUCCGCGAGGACAGCAGAUGCCCCCAUCCAGAUUCCCUCCAGCCUGCCUCAGUAUACGCCGGCCUUGGGGAAACAUCGCUUUACCGACUCCCACAUCUAUCCCACCUUGGAGACCAAUGUGGAUGCCUCAACCAUGGAGUACUCACAGGAGUCGGUCCCGGUGGUCCGUUCCCAAAGGUCGAUUGCCCUCCAUGGACCAGACACUCCGUUCCGUCACCACACGGUGAUCCGGCAGUAUAUCGAGGACCUACUGAACCGGAACGGAUACCAGGAUCUCGUAGAGUACAACACGACUGUCGAACGUGCGGUCAAGAACCCCCAGACCGGAAAAUGGGAGCUCACGCUGCGGCGGGCGGGCGGGCCUGGUGGGCAGGAUUACUGGUGGAGCGAAACCUUUGAUGCACUGGUGGUCGCCUCGGGGCAUUAUUCUGUGCCUUACGUCCCGGCGAUCCCGGGGCUGAAGGAAUUCAUCGAGAAGUACCCCGAGAAUGUGCUGCAUACGAAGCAGUACCGUGGGCCUGACCGGUAUCGCGGCAAGAAAGUCGUGACCGUCGGGGCGUCGGUCUCAGCUGCCGAUACCACAGUCAGCCUCGUCGGGGCAGCCCAGUCACCGAUCUACGCGGUGGUCCGUGGCAGGUACAACCCCUACUUUGGGGACUGGGCAUUUAGACACCCUCAGAUCGACCGUCGGCCUCCGAUUUCGCGCAUCUCCUCCGAGGAUGGGCAGCGGACAGUGCACUUCGAGGACGGCACCUCCGUUUCGGACGUCGAUUACAUCAUCUUUGGCACGGGCUUCACCUGGGCAUUGCCGUACCUGCCUGGCAUCCCUACUAGGAACAACCGCGUGCCUGAUCUGUACCUGCAUAUCUUCCACCAGCAGGAUCCGUCUCUGGUCUUCUUGGGAGCGGUUGGCGCUGGAUUGACCUUCAAGAUCUUCGAGUGGCAGGCCGUGGCUGCGGCGAGAGUGUUGGCCGGCAAGGCGAAGUUGCCGUCCCUGGAGGAGCAGCAGAAAUGGGAGCAAGAUCGGAUCGCGCAGAAGGGGGAUGGACCGGCCUUCACCACCGUGAACCCCGACUUUCGAGAGUAUUUCGAGACCCUGCGACAGUUGGCGGGGGAGCCGGGGGAGGCCGGUCGCCGGCUGCCUCCAUUCGAGCAGGAGUGGAUAGACGUGUUCAAUGCCGGACAUGAGCGUCGGAUCCGGAUGUGGCAGAAGGCGAAUGAGGAGGCGUCGCUAUGGUCGGAGUCUCCUGGGAAUUACAGUAGCCUCAUCACUACUGCGUUCCCUCUCGGAAAUGGACGACUGGGAGGUGGAUUGGUGCAGGAAUACAUCGGUGGGAACCCGAACGUGUCCAAAGCAGGUGCUCUCCCUGGCAUCAGGGAAUGGAUCUUCCAGAACGGCACAGGCAAUGUGUCGGCACUUUUGGGAGCGUAUCCGGACUACGGAUCAUAUCAGGUUCUCGCGAAUCUGACCAUCCAUCUGGAGGGACUAAGCGAUGUUUAUGGAUACCGCCGUAGCUUAGACUUAGGAUCAGCGGUUUACUCUGACCAUUUCAGUACUGCGGAGACAUAUAUCGAAAGAGAAGCCUUUUGUUCCUACCCGGAUAAUAUCUGCGCCUACCGACUGGCGUCGAAUUCUUCGCUGCCUGCCAUCACAUUUGGUCUGGAGAAUCAGCUCACGACUCCUGCUCCGAAUGUGAGCUGUCACGGAAAUAGUAUCAGCUUGUAUGGCGUGACGCAAGCUUCUAUCGGGAUGAUCUACAAUGCCAGGGUGACUGUCAUUGUGCCGGGGUCGAAGAACUCGUCCGAUCUCUGCUCGUCGCUGGCUUCAACUGUGAAUGUCCCCGAGGGCGAAAAGGAAGUAUUCCUCGUCUUCGCUGCGGGGACAGACUAUGACGCCUCCAAUGGGAACGCCGCAGCUGGCUUCUCAUUCAAAGGGGAAGAUCCGUAUGCGGAGGUUCUCCAAACAGCCACCGACGCCGCAAAGAAAUCCUAUGCGUCCCUCAAAUCAUCGCACUUGAAGGAUUUCCAAGACAUCUUCGGCACGUUUACCCUGUCUCUUCCGGAUCCCAAUGGCUCGGCCAGCCAGCCGACCACCGAGCUCCUCGAGUCCUACACUCAGCCCGGGGACCCAUACGUUGAGAAUCUGCUCUUCGACUACGGUCGAUAUCUGUUCAUCUCAUCAUCACGACCAGGCGGCUUACCGCCCAACCUGCAAGGACUCUGGACGGAGUCAUACUCCCCUGGUUGGAGCAGCGACUACCAUGCCAACAUCAACCUGCAGAUGAACCACUGGGCCGUGGAACAGACCGGCCUCGGAGCGCAAACCGAGCCGCUUUGGACCUAUAUGGCCGAGACAUGGAUGCCUCGAGGGGCGGAGACAGCGGAGUUGCUGUACGGCACAUCGGAAGGAUGGGUGACGCACGACGAGAUGAAUACAUUCGGACAUACAGCAAUGAAGAACGUCGCACAAUGGGCCGAUUAUCCCGCCACGAACGCAUGGCUGUCGCACCACGUAUGGGACCACUUCGACUACUCCCAGGAUGCCUCCUGGUACCAGGAAACCGGGUACCCGAUUCUCAAGGGGGCGGCGCUCUUCUGGCUCUCUCAACUCGUCCAGGACGAGUACUUCAAAGACGGCACCCUGGUUGUCAACCCAUGCAAUUCCCCGGAGCAUGGGCCGACGACGUUCGGCUGCACCCACUACCAGCAGCUGAUCUGGGAGCUCUUUGACCACGUCCUCCGCGGCUGGGAAGCGUCCGGCGACACCGACGGCGCAUUUAAAUCCGCGGUGAGCUCCAAAUUCUCCACCCUGGACCCCGGCAUCCACAUCGGCGACUGGGGCCAGAUCCAAGAAUGGAAGCUCGACAUCGACGUCAAGAACGACACCCACCGCCACCUCUCCAACCUGUACGGCUGGUACCCGGGGUACUCGAUCUCCGCGGUGCACGGGUUCAACAAGACCAUCACCGACGCCGUCGAAACGACGCUCUACUCGCGCGGCACGGGCGUCGAAGACUCCAACACCGGCUGGGGCAAGGUAUGGCGCAGCGCCUGCUGGGCCCUGCUGAACGUCACCGACGAGGCAUACUCGGAGCUGUCGCUCGCCAUCCAGGAUAACUUCGCCGACAACGGGCUGGACAUGUACUCGGGGUCCCCGCCGUUCCAGAUCGACGCCAACUUUGGGGUCGUGGGCGCGAUGAUCUCGAUGUUGGUCCGGGAUCUGGAUCGCGCGGGUGCGGAUGUCGGCAACACGCAGGCUGUUCUCCUGGGCCCGGCCAUCCCGGCGGCGUGGGGGGGAGGCAGCAUGGAGGGAUUGAGACUGCGGGGUGGGGGAGUGGUCGGGUUUACAUGGGAUGAUCGGGGGGUGGUGGAUUCGUGCCAGGCCGAUCUGUCGGGUCGUGCGGGGAGUGCUCCGACAGUGGCCUUCUUCGUCCGGGGGGGAGAGUCCAUAAGUUGUUGA